UGAACGAAGUUAGAAAUGCUCCUCAUGGCAUUCUUUUCGGUUAGCGGCUCGGUGGAGGAGACAUCCAGCCGCUCAGCUGUAGGCUGUGGGCGCCCAACCACUGGAGAGGUUGCUGCUGCCGCUGCUAGGCUACCGCUGGUUAGCGGCUCAGUGGAGGAGACGGAGGAUGGAGACUGUGUUAGCCGCCGCUCAGGCCUGAGUAAUGGUAAUCAAGCUGGCGACCUGGACAGCAGCAGUAAGGGAGCUCCCUGCAGCGGUGAGGACCAGGCUGGCCAUAGUGACAGUGGUGACAGGUACCCAGGGAAUGACGGUGGAGUCCAGGCUAACUUUGAAAAAGCAGCAGCUGAGGUGAAGCAGCUGAAGGCAAAGCCGAUGGAUGAAGAGAUGCUGAAGGUCUACUCCCUUUUUAAGCAGGCCAGUGUGGGUGAUGUCAACACAGAUCGCCCAGGGAUGUUUGAUUUCACUGGGAAAGCUAAGUGGGAUGCCUGGCAGCAGCAGAAAGGCAAGAGCAAAGAGGACGCCAUGAACGAGUACAUCAGCCUGGUGGAGGAGCUGAAGAACAAGUAUGGAAUUUAGUGUCAUAUGAUAAACGCAUUACAGCUGGACCAACUGCUGGGGGAUGGACUGGGAGAAGUGGCUAAGACCACCACCAGUUGUCCUCCAUCGUCACACCAUGAAAACGCCUUAAAUCCCAAGAAGGGUGUCCUUACACAUGUGAAUGCCUGCUGGUCCACCCUCUAGUGGUCCCAGUGGUCUGAAUAACCACUAAUGUAUGAUCAGAAACUGUCCAAUGUACCAUCAUGUUUUAAUUAAUGAUUUCUAAUAGAGUGUAUCUGCACAGAAUCCUGUCAUUUCAACAUAAAAUCUUUUUUCUCAGA